AUUUCAACCAUUUACAUUAUAGUUUAGACAAAAAAGAUGAGUAUGGAUUCGCAGCUUAUUAAGACAGUGAAUAAACUGCAAGAUGCGUUUGCAACAGUCGGUGUUCACAAUCCAGUGGAUUUACCUCAAAUUGCAGUGAUUGGGUCUCAAUCCAGUGGCAAGAGUUCCGUCUUGGAAAACAUUGUGGGCCGUGAUUUUCUUCCUCGUGGUACUGGUAUUGUCACUCGUCGACCCUUGAUUCUACAAUUAAUCAAUCGACCUGCUUCGGAAGACAACAAGGAAGAGAGUGCUAAAGAAGAUGCCGGACACAACAACCAAAACGAAUGGGGAGAAUUCCUUCAUUUACCAGGUCAAAAGUUUUUUGAUUUCAACAAGAUUCGAGAAGAGAUUGUAAAGGACACCGAGUUAAAGACUGGUAAGAAUUUGGGUAUCUCUCCUCAACCCAUUAAUCUACGUAUCUUUUCACCCAAUGUCUUGACUUUAACCUUGGUCGAUUUACCGGGUUUAACCAAGGUCCCCGUGGGAGAUCAACCCAAAGAUAUCGAGAAACAAAUUCGAGACAUGAUCCUCAAGUACAUUACAAAACCCAACAGUAUCAUUUUGGCAGUAACCGCAGCGAACACAGAUUUGGCCAAUUCAGAUGGUUUGAAAUUAGCAAGAGAUGUGGAUCCUGAGGGUUUGCGUACAAUCGGUGUCUUGACCAAGGUCGAUUUAAUGGAUCAAGGUACCGAUGUCAUUGAUAUCUUGGCCGGACGUGUUGUGCCUCUUCGUUUAGGUUAUGUCCCCGUAGUCAAUCGUGGUCAGCGUGAUAUCGAGAGUAAAAAAUCCAUCAAGCGUGCAUUAGAAUAUGAAUCAGAGUACUUUGAAAAUCACGCUGCUUACAAGUCCAAAGCUCAAUACUGUGGUACUCCCUUUUUAGCACGCAAGCUAAAUAUGAUCUUGAUGCAUCAUAUCCGAAACACUUUACCCGAAAUCAAGGCCAAAAUACAAGCUGCUUUACAAAAAUACCAACAAGAGUUAUUAACUUUGGGGGAUCCUUUAGAUGAUGGGUCUUCCGCCAGUCGUGCUAAUCUGGUUUUAAAUAUCAUUACCGAAUUCUGUACAGAGUUCCGUACAAUCAUUGAUGGUAACUCCAAUGAUCUCUCCAGCUUUGAAUUGUCCGGUGGUGCUCGUAUUAGUUUUGUAUUCCAUGAAUUGUACGCCAAUGGCGUGAAAAGUAUUGAUCCUUUAGAACAAACAAAGGACAUUGAUAUCCGUACCAUUUUGUACAACUCAUCUGGUUCAUCGCCUGCUUUAUUUGUUGCAACUACUGCCUUUGAAGUGAUUAUCAAGCAACAAAUCAAGCGUUUGGAAGAACCCAGUGUCAAGUGUAUCAAUAUGGUGUAUGAUGAAUUGGUGCGUAUCCUCAGUCAAUUAUUAACCAAGCAAUUCUUUAAACGAUUCCCUACCCUCAAAGAGAAAUUCUAUCAGGUGGUCUUAUCCUUCUUUAAGAAGGCCAUCCAACCCACCUCUAAAUUGGUGACGGAUCUGGUAGCUAUGGAAGCAUGUUAUAUUAACACGGCACAUCCUGACUUUUUGAAUGGACAUCAAGCGAUUGCCAUGGUAAACGAGCGUAUUCUUCAAAAGAAUCAGCAACAACAACUGGAACAACAACACAGUACUAAAUCGAAAUCCAACGUGUUGCAAACCAAUCAAAAUGAGUCGAAUACAGAAAGCAAUGGGCUGUUUGGAAGUUUCUUUUCGGGUAAAAAGACACCUGCUCAAAAGAAGUCUGCUUCUGCCAUGAUGGAUGCACCUCCUACCACAUUAAAGGCCACAGGUGCACUUUCUGAUCGUGAAUUUAUGGAGACCGAAGUUAUCAAACUCUUGAUUCAAUCAUAUUAUAAUAUCGUCAAGCGUACCAUGGUGGAUAUGGUCCCCAAAGCCAUCAUGUUAAACUUAGUGAAUCAUUCUAAAGAAGAACUUCAACGUGAAUUAUUAACCGAACUUUAUAAACAUGACGUGCUUGAUGAUCUUUUACAAGAAUCUGACUUUACUAGACAAAGAAGAAAGGAUUGUAAAAAGAUGAUUGAAGCAUUACAAAAAGCUGAUGAAAUUGUAGGCUCUGUCUAAUAUCAAACUCCCCCCCCCCCCUCCUUUUUUUUUUUUCGUAAUAAAUCGUCUCUUUCAUCCAAGAGCAGCAAGUCAUCGUAAACUCUUGUUUAGGUACUUUGUAUUUGGUGGAAUCACCCAAGUACGCACGUAUCCAUGUCUUGCAUGAAUUUUCCUUUUUAUACUAGAUAAUCAAACUUCGUCCUCUUGAGUCUUCCCUUUUGGCGUGAAAAUCAUAAAAGAAACGC